UUCUGCCUUUGAAGUUCCAUAACCCGGCCUCAUCGGAGAGCGUGGUGGCCAUUGCAAGGUACUCUGGCUGGCAAAUAGCCUAUAUUCUAUGGGGCUACCUCAUCAUUCACGUGGUGCAGAGCCUAUGUGGCAUGGCAAUCAUGUACGGCCUGGUGCUGCCCAUCGUCCGAAACAGGGCCUGGAGAUGCUGCGAGGGCUGGGCAUCGGGAUGAAAGCAUUCCACAACUUCAGCUACUUCCUGUUUUUCUACAAUGUGCUGCUGGGCCUGGGUGCCUGCCUCUCCAGGCUGCUCAUCAGUUGCUUCCUGGGCAUGUGGCUGAUUGCCCGCAUUGACAGGACCAUCAUGCAGAGUGGCUAUGAGGGAGCAGACAUGGGGUUCAGUGCAUGGAUCGGCAUGCUCUACGUGGACCAUUACCACACCAACCCUGUGCUCGUCAGCUUUUGCCACAUUCUGAUCACAGAUCAUAGGGAGAGGAAGCUGCAGCAGACCACCAAAUACUGGUGCCUAAAUCAGUCGGCAGAGUCCCUUCGGAUUUGCGCCCUGCACGGCGGGGAGAACCGGACUCCUCCUCGAGUUCGGGGCUCAUCUGAGGUUACUUUCAUUGUUUUGUUAAAAGUUAAAACCCUGAACGUGUUUCCUGGACGACGGCUUCCCAGCAAGGACAUCCUGUCAUCAGCCAAGAUGUCGUCAGUGGGGAAGGUGACCCAGGUUCCGAAUGGGAAAGCCUACCAGCAGAUCUUCCAGGCAGAGGUGCAGCUGGUCCACUCCCUGGCAGCCACCAGGAAGCGGGCUGCAGAGCAUGCUGUGACCCUGAAGAGUGGCAGGAUGCCCAUGAUGAGGAAGGUGGAGGCUCCUGAAGGGGAGAUGAUGUCUCCUCGACAGCAGAGGUGGAUGCAUGGCCUCCCCAAUGACUGGAAUAUGGAAAACCCUGUUCUCUACAGGGAAAAGGAAAGAACCAAGAGGGAAAAAGCCCGGGAAAGUGAGAGCACCAUCGCUGCCCGAGAAGUGCGGGGUCUCAUGGACACUAUGGUUCCUGAGAAGAUAAGCACCAGCACCCUUCAAGGACGAGAAGAACACAAGAGGAGGAGCUACGAAAGCGCUCUGGCCAGCUUUCAGGAGGAGAUCGCGCAGGUCGGAAGGGAAAUGGAACCUCUUAUCGUGGACACAGGGGGACUUUUUUUGACGAAGCUGACCGAAUCUGACGAAGAUAUUAAUCGUCUCUUCCUAAAGGUGGAAAACGACACCAACCUUGAGGACUACACCAUCCAAGCCCUGCUGGAGCUGCGGGAUAAGGUGGCCAGGAUGUUCCUGCUCCAGAAGCAGGAAAUUAAGGAGGUGGAUGAGGCUCUGCACUCGCUGGAGUUCUCCCGAGCCAAUAAACUAAAAAGCGUGUUGAAGAAAUAUGCAGAAAUCAUAGAGAAAACUUCCUACCUCAUGCGGCCCGAUGUGUACAGACUGAUAAAUAAAGAAGCCAUGGUCAUGAACUAUGCCCUGCUGGGCAACCGGAAGGCCAUCACCCAGCUGUUUGUCAACCUGAUGGAGUCCACCCUGCAACAGGAGCUGGACAGCCACCACCGCUGGCAAGGCCUGGUGGACACCUGGAAGGCUCUCAAGAAGGAGGCUGUGCUGCAAAAUUUCAGUGAAUUCAUGGCCAAUGAGAGUAUCCGUACUCCCCCGGCUGUGAAGAAGGAGCUAGAGGUCAUGCUGAAGACCCAGAACAUCCUGCAGCAAAGGCGGCUGAAGCACCUCUGCACCAUCUGUGACCUCCUGCCCCCCAAUUGCAACCAAACUCAGCUGACUGAGUGGCAUUCUUCUCUCAAUGCCCUGAACAAGGAACUAGACACCUACCACCUGGACUGCAUGAUGCGGAUCCGCCUGCUGUAUGAGAAGACGUGGCAGGAGUGCCUGAUGCAUCUGCAGAAUUGUAAGAAGCAGCUGCUGGACUGGGAAGCCUUCACUGAGGAGGAGGCAGAGACCCUGGUGAACCAGUUCUUAUUCCAGAUGGUGGGAGCGCUCCAGGGCAAGGUGGAGGAAGACCUGGAACUCUUGGACAAAUCCUUUGAGACCCUGGCAGAUCAGACAGAGUGGCAGAGUUCGAACCUCUUCAAGUACUUCCAGGAGGUGGUACAACUGUGGGAGGCACACCAGAGUGAGCUGUUGGUGCAGCAGCUGGAGCUAGAGAAGAGGAUGGAGCAGCACCGGCAGAAGCACAGCCUGGAGAGCCAGGCCCAGGAAGCCCACCUCGACAGGCUCUUGGACCAACUGAGGCAGCAGAGCCACCAAGAAACACUGGCGUUUCACCUGGAAAAGGUCAAAGAUUAUCUGAAGAACAUGAAAUACAGGUAUGAAUCUUUUCACACCCUCAUGACAAAGGAAGUGAUGGAGUACCCAGCCAUCGUACUGAAAGAACUCAACUCCUACAGCUCCACCCUCAGCCAAUACUUCUUUGUGCGUGAAAUCUUUGAACAGAACUUGGCUGGAGAAGUCAUUUUCAAAUUCAGGAAACCAGAAGCACAGGAAAAACACUUCCAGAAGAGAAUGAGAAAACUGAGGAAGAAGCAAGGAUCUAAAGAGGACAUGAGCAGAGGGGAGGAAAGCGUAAGUAGUGGGACAAGUGCUGCCACGUCAGUAGAAGAGACGGAAGAAGAAAACACUCAAGAAAUGGAGUCCUUCGUAACUGAAGAGGAGCUGGGCCAGCAGAAAAAGUCCCCUCUGCAUGCUGAGAUGGAUGAGUCCAAAGAAGGCUCUACUCACAUAUUGGAAGAAAUGCAGGUUGAAAGAGAGAAUUCCUUAAACCCAUCCCUGAACCAGGAGAAUGUGAAGGGUCAAGGAGAAAAGGAGGAGUCAGACCAUGAGAAGGAAGAAGAGGAGGAGGAGGAGGAGGAGAAGGAGGCACAGGAAGAGCAAGAGAAUUUAUCUCUGGGUGAGGAUGAAGACAAGGAAGAGAGUCUGGUGGAGAUAUACUAUGAGGACAUGGAGUCCUUCACAACCUCCAGUGGAAACACUUAUUUUGUCUUCAUACCCCUGGAAGAAGAAGAGCAUUGCAGGAAGUCUCAUUCCAUCUUCUCAGCCAUGUUCAUCGAUGACACUUCCAGUGCCAAGUUCAUAGAACAAGUGACAAUUCCAUCGAGACUAAUUUUAGAAAUUAAGAAACAACUUCGAGCUGGCUUCUUUGAGCACCUUGAGAAGUGGUUUGACCAGUGUUCACUCAACACCCGGGUCAUCGUGGCCACCAAGAUCGAUGAGCUGGAUUCAGAACUGGAGCUGCGUCUACACCUGCACCAGCCAAGAGCCCAGCAGAUUGAAAAGGAUAUCCACAAUGUCAGGGCAGCCGAGCUCUUGCUUCAUCAAGAGCGAUUGGACAGCCACUGUGCUGGGGUGACCGAGACACUGAAGAAGGAGAGGCUGAUGUUCUGCCAAUUCCAAGAAGAGCAAAACAUGAGGAGCAAAAACUUCCGCCUCAAGAUAUAUGACAUGGAACACAUCUUCUUGAAUGCCACCAGGAGCCAAAAGCUGGCCAUUCUCAGCAACACACUGCACCGGGAGUUGCUUAGCUAUGUCGAUGUCACCCAGGUGUCCCUCCGCAGCUUCCGGCAGUACUUGGAGGAGAGUCUGGGCAAACUCCACUCCUCAAAUAUUGAGUUCAUCAAACACUGCAGAUUGUUUUCAGAGGGAGGCAACUUUUCUCCUAAAGAAGUCAAUUCACUGUGUCGUCGACUGGAGAAGGAAACCGCCCGGAUAGAGUUAGUUGAAAGUAUAAUCAUGGUCAACAUGGAGAAGAUGGAGAAUGAGUACCUGGACCAGGCCAAUGAUGUCAUCAACAAGUUUGAAAGCAAAUUCCGUAACCUGUCUGUGGACCUUAUUUUCAUAGAGAAAAUCCAGCGGUUGCUGACAAAUCUGCAAGUGAACAUCAAGUGCCAGGUGGCCAAAUCCAAUUCACAAACAAAUGGAUUAAAUUUCUCUCUGCAACAGCUUCAGAGCAAGAUCAAAACUUGUCAAGAGUCCAGGGGAGAGAAAACCACGGUGACCACAGAAGAACUCCUCGGCUUCGUCCAAACUUGGAAAGAAAAACUGAGCCAGAGGAUUCAGUACCUCGACUGCAGCCUGGACAGGUUGUCCAUGACCGAACUGGUCUUCACCAACACCAUCCUGAAGGACCUGGAGGAGAAGAGUGACAUCCUGACAUCUUCAGAAGCCCUUGAAGAGGAGGCCAAGCUGGACCUGGUCACCCCUGAGUCCUUCGCCCAGCUGACCCGCAUGGGGAAGCCUCUGAUUGAGGACCCCGCUGUGGAUGUGAUCAGGAAGAUCCUGCAACCUCCCAACGCAAAAUGGCCAACCCACCAUUGUGACAAAGAUCGGUCCCAGACAGGUAGAGGCGCACAGACUUGUGGGUCUCGGGACAGCAGUGGGGGUGAGGCUGGCGGUGCCGUGGGCCCAUCCUCACCUCCUGUCCUCUGCUGUUGUCCUGGGGCCUCGUCACCCAAAGGCUUCAAGCGACACCGGUGUCGGCCAGAAAACUCUGGGAAGAAGCUCCUGUCCAGUGCCAGUGUCACCUCUGCAGGCAGCCUCACGCGGCACUCCAAGCCCAACAAAACGGAGAGAAAGUACCAGGUGCUCGGGGACAAGCCUCCUCCUCCCGCCGAGGAUUUUAAGGGGAUCAUCUUGACCCUCCUCUGGGAGAGCAAUGAGAUCCUGCUGACGGUCGCAGAGGAGUUCUACCGUAAAGAAAAACGCCCGGUCACCAGGCCUGACUGCAUGUAUGAUACCUUCGACCAGUGCGCAGAGAACAUCGGCAAAAAGAUCCUGGAGUACCAGAGCCAGGCAGAUGAGUACCACAACUCCUGCCUCAUAGAAUUACGAAUCCAGAUGAGGAGAUUUGAGGAGCUGCUGCCCCAAGUGUGUUGGUUAGUGAUGGAAAAUUUGAAGGAGCACCACUGGAACAAGUUUUGCACCUCCAUGAAGGAGAUCCGAGGACGGUUUGAGGAACUCCACAAGCAGCUAGAGAAAAGAAAGGACAAAAAUGCCCAGAAGCUCCAUCUAAAUCUUGGGCACCCCAUACAUUUCCAAGAAAAGGAGUCUCUACACUUAAAUGAAGAGAAAAGGCAGGAAGAGCUGGACAGCAUGAUUAGGAUGAACAGGGAGAAGCUGCAGGAAUGUACCAGAAAGAAUGGCCAGAUUUUCAUAACCAACUUGGCCGCCUUCACUGAGAAGCUCCUGCUGCAGCUGGAUGAGGUGGUCACCAUUGACGAUGUCCAAGUUGCAAGAAUGGAGCCCCCCAAACAGAAAAUAUCCAUACUCAUACGAAGGAAACUCGCUGGGCUCUCCCUGAAGGAUGAGAGUGAGCAACCCCUGAUUGAACGUGGAAGCAGGAAGUGGCCGGGAAUCAAACCCACCGAAGUCACCAUCCAAAACAAGAUUCUUCUCCGGCCAACAUCAUCGAUAUCCACCGCCAAAACCACCCUGGGCCACCUGGCGGCCGUGGAAGCCCGAGAUGCUGUGUAUCUGAAAUAUUUAGCAUCAUUUGAGGAGGAGCUGAAUAGGAUCCACAAUGACUGCAUAUCUCAGAUGAAAGAGGCUCAGCGCUGGAAGGACAGCUGGAAGCAGUCCAUGCACACCAUCGAGGCCCUGUAUGUGUGACUCCUCCACCCCACCACGAAUAAAUGCUUUCUUCUGCAGACUC